UCCACUUUUCCUAUUUCUCCCUUCAUUUUUUUCUUUUGAUGUUUAGGUGGGCGGACUGUGCCCUCCCGAUACUUGCAGUCUAUCGAGAAAACCUCUGGAAAGGUGAGCCUUGCCCGCAAAGGGCCUGAAGACGAAAGCAGUGCAAGAAACCUCCCAUCAGGUCACAGAAACAGAAAACAGUUUCAGAAACGCCCACCGAUGUGCUGCAUUCGACUGUUCUGGAAGGCCACGAGGGAGCUCCACCCCACCUGGAGAUCUCGACAGUUCAAGACCAAAGCCAAUCUGUGGGGUCCCUUUUAAAGCGAAACCCUAGUAUGAAAGACUCCUCCAGGAAAAAGAACACCCUGAAGACCACUACUGCAGAGGAUUUGGCUGCAAUUCUGGAUUCUCAGAUGCUGCUUUUAACAUACGCCAACAUGAAGAUAGAGAAAAAUGUUGCCCUCCUGGAGGAAAAAUCCGAGAGGGACUUGCUAACGGUCCUCAAGGAACGGGAGAAACUUCAGACGGACGUACACAGGAAGAAGCGCCGACUUCUGAAGCUGAAGAAAGAGCAGCAGCUUACCCAGAAUAAGCUGGACAGACAGAUUGAAGUGCUUAGCCCCAUUGUGAAGCAGUUUGGCACGUUCCAAGAGGACUACAGGCACUUCGCCACAGCCCUGGACUCAACGCGGCAUGAACUGCCCACCAAAGGGAUCUAUAUGGGAGAGAACCAGAGUCAAUUUCUAGCCGACUUGCAAGAAAAGCUGACUGCCACUGGGAAUAUCCUGAAACAGUAUCCACAAGAACACACGGAGCACAACGCCAAAGCACUGGAAGCCGUGAAAGAGCUUGAGGCAACGUUUCUCAAGCUGAGCGAAGAGCUCCCAAGGAGCGUUGCCACCAUGCUCGAUCUCUCUUCGGCUGUGAGCAAGGAGGUGUCACUCCAGGCCCAGGAUACCUAUGAAGACACCUUGGGGCUGGAGGCGGUGAAAUGGAUCUAUCAUCACAUGUAGCCUCGCCCUGUUUGUUGGAACCACGGUGAUUCUUGCUGUAUUUGCUCCAGUAAGGUGCGUUUCCUGCAGACAUAUAAUGUCAGAAUGUUGUGUCUGUAAGAAAUGAAAUACCUUCUUGCGCUUUUGGGGUGAAUUCAAUCCAUUUACAUUACAAGUUUGCAUUUUCAAUUGCAUCGGCCUUUCUCUCACUAUUUGAUUGGGUUUGUGAAAGUAUAUCUUACCCAUCUCGGUAUACGUUUGCAAUCUUACCUAUAUGUUUGCAAUCUUACCAUACUUACCUUUCCUUUUACCUACUUACCGCCAUGUUCAAAAUGUUUUCACCUAGUUAUUUACUUAUUCAUUUGCACUAUUUAUAAAGAAGAAAAGAACACAACCAUUAUGAUGAACAUUUCAUUUUGUAACAUAAAUACUUUGUUUAGGAUUCAUUUAAUUUUUUUGUGAUUUUUUUGUGACAGCAUUAAUUAAUUUAUAAUUGUCUGUCUUAUAAAUUGCCUUGUUACCCGGGUAUUAAAGUUUCACUUAUAAAGAA